AUCAAUCAUGAUGGCCUCGGACCGUACGCAUUCCAGAGGAAACGUCCCCAGUCGCAUAACGACUUGCAAGCGAUAUUCGAGAGGAAGGAGAAGAUGGUGAUAGUUCAGGAAGAUGAAACGGACACAUUUCUCGAUGAACUGCUCUACAUGUGUGUGAACUAUGAGCCCGAAUCUCGACCGACGUUCGAUCAUCUGUUCAACUUCUUCCGGGCCCUUCUUUUCGAUUUCGCUGUAGGACCCGAUCCCGCCAUUCAGAAGUAUAUAAAGAAAGCUCCAAAGAAGUUCAAUCAUGCGCAGCGAGCAAAAUAA